GUGCCUGCUCUCUUCCUGUCUUGCCUACUAUGCUAAAAAGUGGGAAUUCUGGUGGCAAAGUCGCGGAAGGCUGCCUAUGUGGGUGGCACUAUUUCUGCGGCUCUUGGAAAGCCGCAUGAGAUCGGAUGGCGGCCCCACUACUACAGUUGUAGGGGGCCUGUACAAUGCCCUGCAUUUUUGGGCAUUUUUGUAUUCCCAAGAUAAACGAUUUUCACUUACCCCACCACCACCCAAAAUUCCAAACCCAUAAUUCAUCAGACGACGACACACGUCAACCGCUCGAGAGUUUUGCGAAUUUAGCCUUCAAACAAUUAGGACUCGUAAAAGAUGGCGACUACUGUGGAUAAGAUCAAGGAAAUCGAGACCGAAAUGGCUCGGACCCAGAAGAACAAGGCGACUUCGUUCCACCUGGGUCAACUCAAGGCGAAGCUGGCGAAGCUCAAGCGCGAGCUCCUCAUGCCCUCGUCGGGCAGUGGCGGCGGCGGCGGCGCAGGCUUCGACGUUGCCAGGACCGGAGUAGCGAGUAUCGGCUUCAUCGGUUUCCCGUCCGUCGGGAAGAGUACCCUCAUGAGCAAGAUCACCGGGCAGCACUCUGAGGCGGCUGCUUACGAGUUCACGACCCUGACAUCCGUGCCGGGUCAGGUUAUAUACAAUGGUGCCCCGCUCCAAAUGAUCGAUCUGCCCGGUAUCAUCGAGGGCGCAAAGGAUGGUCGUGGUCGUGGUCGACAGGUCAUUGCUGUGGCCAAGACGUGUAACCUGAUCUUCAUCGUUCUAGAUGUCAACAAGCCGCUCACAGACAAGAGGGUCAUAGAGUCGGAAUUGGAAGGGUUUGGUGUACGCAUCAACAAGCAACCGCCUAACAUCACGUUCAAGAAGAAGGACAAGGGCGGGCUGAAUAUCACGUCGACGGUACCGCUCUCGCACAUCGACCAUGACGAGAUCCGCGCCGUCAUGGGCGAGUAUAAGAUCAGUUCGGCAGAUAUCGCAAUCCGGUGCGAUGCCACGAUCGACGACCUGAUUGAUAUCCUUGAGGCGAAGAGCAGGAGUUACAUCCCCGUGAUUUACGUGCUGAACAAGAUCGACAGCAUCAGCAUUGAGGAGCUCGAUCUCCUGUAUCGGAUCCCGAGCGCUGUACCGAUCAGCUCGGAGCACGGGUGGAACUUGGACGAACUGAUGGAGGCGAUGUGGGACCAGCUGAAGCUAGUCAGGGUGUACACGAAACCCAAAGGGAGGAUGCCCGACUAUUCCUCGCCUGUUGUGUUGCGUUCCACAAAAUGCACGGUUGAGGACUUUUGUAACGCGAUUCACCGGAGCAUCCUCGAAGUGUUCAAAACGGCCAUCGUUUAUGGCAAGUCGGUCAAGCACCAGCCGCAACGGGUUGGCCUUUCCCACGAACUUGCCGACGAGGACAUCGUCACAAUCGUCAAGCGGUGAUGGGCCGCAAGAAGGAUGCUCAUCACAUGGCCCUGAGUCCCCGAGUCCCCUGACAAAAGGAACACCAAUGCGGAUGUCUGGUCCUGAAAAGGCCGACCCCGACGAUACCUCUUAAAUCCGAUCUUCCUGAAUGGGAUCUCGUGACACCUUUUCUCCGACGCCUCGGACAGGAUGAUGCUAGCAGACGAGAAUACUCCGAAAUAGAGGCGAGACAACAACACGAAAGGAGGAGGGACGCGCAUUCAUUCGUUGCGGGGCGGUCGCGCUA